UAGUCAGAUACGAUGUUUAAACUUCCUCUUUUAUUAGCUUGCCUUUCGUAUCAAUGUAUUGUACUGCCACUUCAAAUGAUGAUAUGUGUGCUUAAACAAAAAUGAUGAUCUAUAUAAUUUUCAUUUACAUGUGGAUAGUGAAAACAGAUGCAAAUGCUCCGGAAUUAAAAGCCAAUUCAACAUUGGUGAACAUCAACGAAACUGUUCAAUUGACAUGCACGCAUUCAUCGGCGACGAUAGUAGACUGGUUAGUCCAACCAUUUGGUCAUGGGCAGUUCGAAAGACUUCUUUCAACGGCAUAUGUGAACAACAAUUGUGCCUCACGUGAUUCACCAUUUUCUUAUGUUCGUCCGACAUGCAGUUGUAUGGGAGCGACAGCAUUUACGUGCAGCAUCAGAGUAGUUAACACAAACAAUAAUGGAGAGAAAUGGAAGUGCUCGGUUGCCAUUAACUCAGUACAAACACUUAGCAAUGAAAUAACAUUGAUGAUAGCAGUUCCAGUGAAAAAUGUUACAUUGAUACCUGCCGUACCAACAAUUUCCGUCCUCCCCAACUUGGCAAUCAGUUACAUCAGAUGUGUGUCUUCAGUCGGACGUCCAGCACCCCAAAUAACCUGGUACCUGGAUAACAGAACCCCCUCUUAUGACAGUGAUGAUGUUGACCUUUCUGUAAAUAGCAGCAGUUCAACAGUGUCUGAUGUGACGACAAGUAUUCUUACUAUUACACCUAGCAACACAUAUCACAGGGCUCGGAUCUUUUGCUACGCCUCAAAUGGAUACGGAAAGAUAUUAUCCGAUAUAACUCCGGAAAUCGAUGUUUUAAGUUCUCCUACGAAGCCGACAAUUCUCUACAAGACUGUAAUUGUUAACACAAUUUCUGUGAUAGCCAACCGCUCUGUGUCUCUAGAAUGUUAUUCUUCUGGGAAUCCAACGCCAAACAUUUCAUGGAUUUAUUCUGAAGGUUCCGUGAUAAACAGAAAAACAAUUGAACUGAAAUGGGAGCAACGUGAAAACAUAGACCGGGUCAUCUGCAAUGCCACAAGUUUUAUGCAGCCAACAAAUCAAUCUCCGAUAACACAAUAUAGGUCAACUGACACAGUGGUCACCAUUUUACAUCCACCGUCAAUUCCAAAGUGUGCUAUCGGAAAUUACUCAAUUGCGUUCGCUGCAAUACGGGCAGUAAAAAAUGAGAAAUUAACAAUUAAUUGCACCAGUAAGAGCAACCCUCCUCCCAUGAGCUAUACAUGGACACUGCCGUCGGGAAUGAAACAGUACGGACAACAACUCACCAUACCACAAGUAGUGUCUAACGGUAAUUACACACUGGAUGUCAACAAUGCCAUGAACGCAACUUUCGAACCGCAUGUGAUUGCUGGAAAUGCCAAUAUCAUCCUAACACUUGACGUAUUAUAUCCAGUGACUAUACGGUCUAUUGCGAAUACAACCGUUUUGUUGAACCAGGCAUUGUCAGUCAUGUGCCCUUACACACCUGGAAAUCCAUCUGAGACCAGUUUCACGUGGAUACAUGUUACUACAUCACGCGAGGUCGGGCGUGGGCAAACACUUGCCUUGCAAAACAUGCAGAUAUCUGACGAGGGCUUGUAUAAGUGCAAAGUAAACAACACCAUGACACCUACAGGAUGCUGUGUACAGCCGGCUGACGACGAAACAAUGUUUUAUGUUGAUGUACAAUACGCCGCAAAUAUAAAAAGGUUUUAUGCCACCGGAUUUGAGAAUGUGCAAAAUAUUACGGUAAACGAAAGUCAAACUGUUAUAUUACACUGUGAUUCUGAAGGCGACCCUUUGGCCUAUAUGUUACUGAUAAAUAAUACACGCGGUGGAAAUGAUUUAUUAAGUGAAAAAUAUUCUAACACAAUAUCCGUAUCAAUUCCUCAUACAAGAUGUGAAUAUGACAUGGGAGCCUAUCAAUGCAGAGCAAAUAACACGCACAAUAAAGUUCAGCAGUCGCGAGAAAUUGAGAUCAAGAUACUAUGCUCACCGAGACCUUCGCCAUUUAUGCCUCCUGUACCAAAUGUAUGGACGAAAUCAAACAGUAGUGUAAUUCUCAAUUACACUAUUGUGGCGUAUCCUGCUCCAAGCGCUUCAUCGGCAUUUGUUUGGCUGAAGCAAGUAAACGAUAAAUGGUUAAUUAUAAAUGAAACCAGCAGACUUCAUAUUCACAUUUCCGACAAUAGACUACAUACAAACCUUUCAAUUUUUAACAUCCAGGAAGAAGAUUUUGCAACCUAUAUGAUCAAAGUAAACAAUGCCGUUGGCGCCACGGAACAUGCAUUUGUUAUUCAAGCGAAAGAAGAGCCAGCGAUGCCAAACCAAUUCCGUGUAGUUGAAGAGGUGGUAACAGAGAGGUCAGUAACCGUUGAAUGGAUACCAAGAUUCAAUGGAGGCGAAUAUCAAUGGUUCGUUAUAGGAUAUAAACAGGAAACGAGCGAGUAUUGGAUUUACAAAAAUGUAUCUGGACUUAUCAGUCGAAUAUCUAUUGACGGAUUGGAUUCCGGGACCUCUUAUCAAUUCAAAAUGUAUGCAGAAAAUUCAAUUGGAUCUUCAGGGGAAACCGAUGUGAUAACAUUUUUAACAAGAGCCAAAACUGAUGGAGGAAACAGCGCUUCAAUUGCAGCCAUAGGGGGUGGUGUUGGAGGCUCCGUUGUAGGUUUGGUGGUACUCAUCGUUCUUGUGGUCGUGAUACGGAAACGCAGAAACAAUGGCACAACGACAAGAGUUCCCUUCAAGAAGUCUAAGUCAAAGAAAAAAGAAGGUACAGUUUAUGAAAAUUCUCUGUUUCGGUCUGGGAGAGUAGAGGUCGUAAUGAAAAAGGCAACCACAGGCAGCUCUGAUAAUCCAACAUACCAACAUAACAAAGAUACGUCGGAAACUGAAGGGUUGCAGAGGACACCUUCGUUUGUCAUUGUGCCAGAACCUUUGUACGGGAAUGCCGGUGAUUUUAAAUUACGCGUUCGGUCCAUACACAUCCAAGAGUUGCGAAAAUUUACAUAUCAGUGUAAACAAGACCCUACUGAUGUAUUCAAAAAUUUCUACUCACUGGACACAGACCUAAAGUUUGACACUUCUGCUGCACGUAUCGAAAUCAAUAUACCGAAAAACCGAUACAGGAACAUGUAUCCGUAUGACAAAAAUAGAGUUGUUCUGCCACUGAUUGAUGGGGACUUACAUUCCGAUUUUAUAAACGCCAGUUUUAUUGAUGGUUAUAAUAAACCAAAGAAAUACAUCGCAGCGCAAGGACCGUUAGAACGAACGAUACUGGAUAUAUGGAGAUUGAUCUGGGCAGAAAAAAUUCAAGCGGUGGCGAUGGUGACAAAUUUAGUGGAAGAAGGAAAGCGGAAAUGCUUCCAAUACUGGCCUGACGAUACGCGAAACCCUUUCAAGCGUGGACACUUCAAGAUAUCAUUGAUUCAACAAGAUGAUUAUGCCGAUUUCAUUAUUAGAAAACUGGAAUGCUCAAAUGAAAGCUCUCACAAAGUACACACAGUUUACCAUUGUCACUUUACCGCAUGGCCAGACAAAGAUGUACCAGACUCAGCUCUGUCGUUGGUACAAUUCUGGCGCAAAGUCCGCUCGUAUGCCGACCACGAAACAAUCCCUUUGCUUGUACAUUGCAGUGCUGGUGUUGGUCGGACCGGUACGUUUAUUACGCUUGAUUAUCUGCACGAUCAAGGGCUCGCAGUACAUGAGAUAAAUGUACACGACGCUGUAAAAGCAAUGAGGGAUCAACGCAUCAACAUGGUACAGACUAAGAACCAGUAUCUGUACAUACAUGAACUUCUGUGCGAAGUAUUUGACCCGAUUGGAAGUGUUGUCAAGAACAAUGAACACAUGACAACAUCUUCAAUGACGCAUAGUGUUCUCGGAAGUGAGUUCAAGAGACUACGCGAGGCCGAAGAAUUCAACGCAACACAAGCGACUAAAGACACACUUGCUGCUGAAGAUCGGUUCAGACCAAUGCUGCUGCAUUCUGCCACAGGAGAAAGCAAGUACGCCAACGCAGUCUACAUCAAUACUUUCCGAGAACAGAAAAAAAUAAUCUUAACUCCCUCAACAGCAGAAGGGAGCACGGACAUUGACUUUCUAUGGCUAUUGCACGACUUCAAACUCGCAACUGUCGUUAUACUGAAUGAAAAGCUGGAUCCGUACAUUCCCGAUCAAGACAAAACUACUGUUACCGGACCAUUCAGUGGGAAAUUAGUUUCAAAAAGCACACAAAGUCAUUACACAGAGCUAGUUGUUAAAUACCAAUAUUACGCAGAGCACGAAAGUUUUGAUGUUCGAUUUCUCCACUUCUCGUUAUGGCCAAAGAAGACCAAAGUAUGCAAAAUAUCAGAUAUAAUGCACCUAUUGAUUGCUGCCCAAGACAUUGCAACAGAUCUUCCAGUGGUUGUGCAGUGUCGUGACGGAUACACCCGCAGUGGUUUGUUCGCGGUUUUAUGGUGCAUUGUCGAGAGGAUAAAACGGGACGAAGAGAUUGCCGUUGCUGAGACUGUGAGAAUGACCAAGCGUCGAUGUCAACGAAUCAUCCCUCAUGAGGAGCAAUAUCGGUUUUGUCACGAAUUCGCAAAGCAAUAUGCGGUAGGCGGCAAGACAUACGAAAAUACAGAGGACGGAAUAAGAAGAAAAAAAUAAAAUAAAUAACAACCUGCCCCUUAAACAAAAAGCCUUUCUUGGUAUACACGUGUAAAUGACCGGAACGGGCGAUAUAAUCUAUGAUAAUCAUGAAAUGGUGCAAAUAGUGUAUGUUUAAGAACUAUAAACAUUGCUUUACAGAGAAAACUGUUCGUAUAAAAGUGAAAUUGUUUCGAUUUCGAGUGUUUCUUCCGUUAUGAAGAAGAGGAUACCAGAAUAAAAGGUAGAAGAACACUCGGCAAACGUUUGGCACCUUAAUAUAAAUUAUCAACAAACUUAAGAGACAUAGCUUUGGAAAGGAUGUGGACUUACAUAUUAAUGCAUGUUUUUUAAUACUAAUGUGUAUUAGCAUAGUAUACAUGUUGUAAGGAAAUUAAAGGAUUAAUGCAACGACUGUUAAUGCAAAACUUAUGCAAUAGUUUUCGUGUUCGCAAACUUAUUACUACAAAUUCAUAAAUUGUAUUCAGUUUUAUUUGAUUUUAUGGAAGUGAUAGUUAUUGUCAGCUUCGAAUCGGUUGUCUCACUUUAUCAUUAUUGAACGAAUCUGCAAUAUACCAGUGUUAUUCAUAAUUUGUGUUUUUAUAUAAAAUUGUUGUUAUUGUUGUUUCUCAAUAUUACCCUUCACAUUAUUUGUUAAAAGUUGUUUUUCAAAUAGUCUAUGCAAUGGUAUUUACUAAUAAUAAUUUAUUUGAUAUAUUGUUUACACAGUCUCUAAUUAAAUGAGUCCUAAUAUAAAGUAAAAGUGUAUUCAAAUCAUUCAAAUAUGCAUUUAUAUUUUUACAUUCAUAUUUAUUUGUGUUUAAUAAGUAAAGCAUCGUUGACUUUUGUACUUGAUAUGUCAUCUUUUAAUCAAUCAACGUCCAAAGGUUGUAUAUCUCUUAUCAAUUGCAAAACAUGCGCAUGAUGAAGGACAUUUAAUCUGUUUGUGAGCAUUCAGUUGCGCUCAAUCAGCAGACACAUUUGUUCAAAGCUUCCUGUUUGAAACUUAACUAUUUUUAGAGUUGAAAACUGUAUUGAUCGUUGCGUUAUGACACAUAUUUAAGACAUGGCCUGUACGGGCGGUUGUAAAAUAGACACUUCCUCAUGUAAAUUACCCUCUCCGAUAUUACGUUACUGAAGUUUAAAGUGAUAAUGGUAUGCAGGUUAUGAAUAAUAUUAACCUUCAUAUCAGGAAGAAAAAAAGUUUCAUUGUUACAUGUAUGGCUGAUCUAAUGAUCAACUUGAAAAUCUACGUCAUUUGUAGUGUGAUAGCAUAAUAGUUAGCCCAUUUAUGCCUAGUGGACUCUGCCAUCCUUCUAAAUUGGAUCAAUUUAUUUCCAAAAUUAGGGAUGUCUAGUAUAUUUAUUUAUAAAUUUAGAAUAUUUAUUACAACAAUUCAUCUAAGCAAACAGCGCAGACCCUAGAGAGACGCCGCAUCAUGCGGCGUCUCAUCUGGGUCUACGCUGUUUGCCAAGGCCUUUUUUCUAGACGCUAGGCAUAAAUGGGUUAAUAUUAUACAUUAGCCAAUGCUUUAAAUAACCGUUUGCUUGUUGUAUUUUUGCUAUCCAGACUUAAUAGUAUUUUCAUUUGAAGGAUACCGUCUUUCUUAUAUAUACGUAUGCGAUUCAUGCAUAAUGCAUAAUUGAUUCAAUACUUAAUGAACAUAAAUUGAAGUGGAAUUUUCAUUUAACGUGCAAAUAUUGUGUUGGUAUAAAAGAAUAAGUUUGCAUUAUUUUUUAUAACCCCAAAAGAAGGCAUAUCGAAGUCGUUUCGUCCCUCAGUUAAUGGGUAGCUCUGUUGGGGUUUAAAUGGGUGCUCCAAAGUCCGGCAUUGUUUGCGCUGUCUCCAAUAAUGUACUGUUUACUCCUUGCCUGGAUCUUGACAUAGUCUAUCAUUCCCAUGACAUUUCUAUGUGUCCAGUACAAGUCACUCAAAAAUUAAUUGUAAAAAAGGUCUUGGAUGUCUGGUUUUUUUAUGAUUGGAUUUUGAUACAAAUGUAGUUAAUUGCCAUUUCACAUCGACCGGUCAAUUUAUCGAGUACAGCUAUAAUGCCCACGCCAAUGUUAGUUAUAAGAGUUGUUUUAUCUUUAAAAUGUUUAAUUGCAUUGUUAAUGAAUUGCGAUAUAACUACAGAUUAUUAUUGCACACGUACGUAGCUGAGUCGCAAACAUGGCUUAUUUAUCGAAACUAAAGAUCCAUAUCAAAACGUGAGGUCGUGCACGUUGAUGAAAGCUAGUUUCUUGAUAAGAUUUUAUAAAGGAUCUAUUAUUUCAGACUAUUAUGUCCAUUUACUAAGAAAUUAAUUGUGUAUAAUACCCAAAGCCGUCAUUCAAAUAUCAAGACCAUAGUUCAAGGUCAAAUGACUUUUAUUCAUGAUUUUUAAUAAUAUUUUUAUUAUUAUUAUGAGGCAAUGCACCAUGGAUAAGAAAUGUGUCUACUGCUGAAAUGUGAUUAUUUGUAUUAAUGGCAUAUAUUUGACUUGUGUUCUUGUGCCACUCUCAGACAUGAUAUUCGUGGGAAAACGUCACGAACUCUAGAAAGACUUGUUUUACUUGAUACAAAUUAUCAUUUCUAUUUAACAUAUUGUAUAUGCAUAACUUGAAUUUAAUCUGGUAACAUACCUUUACACUUACAAUUUAUUAAGUUGUUUCUGUUUAUAACGCUUACAUUUGUAUAUUAUAUAGUUGUAUUUAAUAAAGUAUUUAGCUUUCCUAAAA